AUGGCGCCCCCAGAGCCGAGAAACAACUUCGAGCGCGCCGCUCCUACCGUCUACUACAACAUGAAGACCUCAAGACCACCUCCCAUCACCUCAAAAUCGCACUCGUCACAACCAUAUCCCUCGGCCAGCUCCUCCCACGCACGGUCACAAUCCAGCAGCCACUCGAGGACCUCGACCAAGUCCUCGUCACCCAUGGCUUCGCCUCGCGGUCCUCUGUCGGUCGCCGCCUCACACCCACCAAAGCUUUCUCCGUCAGCCGCUCCUAGAAGCCUCUUAUCCACACCCCUGGGACAGGCACAUGGUCAAGAUGCGAGGACCCCUUCCCCCAACUAUUUUGGACAGCAGGCCGAGUCCAUCGACGCGAUGGAAACAGGCGGGGCUGCUCAAGACAGAUGGAGCCCCUCGACGUCAUCGGUGAAGAGCUUUGGCGCCGCCUUACCGAAGCAGGUGCCUCUCGAUGCCAACCCGGAUUUCGAGGCUUUUAGGAAGCAAGCAGAUGCAAAUAGGGGGAGGUCGUCAUUCAGCCUGGGAUCUUCUCACUUUGGCGGCACCACACCCCUCACACUUGCAUCGGGACCGCCAGCAUCAAGGCCGCGUCCUCCACGAUGGCACACCCAUGGUACCGAUACCACCACGACGCCGGGGCUCACACGCUCGUCCAGUCAUACCACCGACAUACCAAGGUUGAAGGAAGCGAUUCCAGAGAAGAUGGACGUGGAUAAUGCAAGCGUCAGCACACACGACUCCGCAUAUGUUUCUGCUGAUUCAAAGCGCAACUCAGAAGCGAGCGUCAACCAGCCGAGCUUCUUCAACCUGCCAAGACACGAGUCGCCAGCGCAGUUUGAUUCAUCUUUCGAUAAGAGGGGCGGGCUGUCAAAUGUGGACGAUCGUCACCCAAGGUUGUCACUGGCUCAUGACAAGGUCGAGCCGCCGUCGCCGAAUCCAGUCUCGAACCUGAAGGCUCGAUCGGACACCGUGCCUGCUACGUUGGAUGCGACCGGGCCGUCUAUGAUCUCACCGACGCAACUGAAAGAAAUGUUGGAUUCUCCAUCGAAGAAUGAAGUACUGCUCCUGGAUCUCCGAGUGUCUCCACAAUACGCCCAGUCUCGCAUCAAAGGCGCGUUGAAUUUGUGCAUCCCAACGACGCUGCUGAAGCGCGCCACCUUCAAUCUUCACAAGCUUCAACAGACCUUUCAAGGCAAUUCAGACCAAGAGAAGUUCGCGAAGUGGCGAGACACGAAACAUCUGGUGGUGUAUGACGCCUUCUCGUCCGAAAAGAAGGAUGCCGUCUCCGCCAUGAACACGAUCAAGAAGUUCACUAACGAGGGCUACACUGGUCAAUGCUCGGUCUUGAGGGGCGGCUUCAACGCUUUCGCGGCAUCCUAUCCGGCCCUCAUUGAGAAGGGUAACACCUCAGAGCAGUCCCCUGGCCGGCCGACACUGUCAUUACCUGGCGCCAGCGGCUCAAGUAACAGCGGAACAAGACCAAGUAUUGCGCCUGUUGUCGGCGGAGUAAUGCUUCCCAAUACGACUAGCGCGGCGAAUCCCUUUUUCGCCAACAUUCGACAGAACCAAGACCUGGUUGACGGCGUCGGGCAGAUGGAUGUGAAGGUGCCGCAGGGGACAGAGAUGGACGCACUUCCGGGAUGGUUGCGUGAGGCUGCAACUCCAUCAGACAAGGGCAAAAAGGUCAGCGACAAGUUUCUGAAGAUUGAGCUCGCCGAGCAAUCACGUAUGAAGGGUGCCUAUUCCUACCUCAACCCCGGGACAGCUGUCGGUGCCGGAGGAGAAGCAGAGGAGAAAGUCGUAUUGAGCGGUAUUGAAAAGGGCGGCAAGAACCGGUACAAAGACAUACUACCGUUCGAGCAUGCUCGGGUUAAACUGCAGGGCAAGCCAGAAGGCGCCUGCGACUAUGUAAACGCCAGUCACAUCAAGGCCUCCAGAAGCCACAAGAGGUAUAUCGCCAGCCAGGGUCCACUGCCGGCAACCUUCGAGGACUUCUGGUCCGUGAUCUGGGACCAAGACGUUCGUGUGAUUGUGAUGCUCACAGCAGAAUCCGAGGGUGGUCAACUCAAAUGUCAUCCGUACUGGAAAGACCGUGAAUUCGGGUCCAUCAAGCUACGCGCGUUAUCUGAGAAGAAAGUGUCGCUUGACAUUGACAAGAACAGCUCACAACCUACCACGUCGACCGAUUCUAGCGACUCAAGUUCUUCCUCCAGCACAGCACAGCCAGACGAUGCCUUCGGCUUCGGUGCUGCAGCAGCUGAAAUGGGCCGGCGAAGAGCGAACACCACGACGACUUUGGAUGCCAGCCCACAACAGGGGCAAGCCAAGUCGGCCGCCAACCCUCCAAACCAUGGCGAGACUCCAUACGUGAUCAUUCGGAAGUUCGCUCUGUCCCACUCUGCUCAUCCCUUUGCCCCCAUGCGCGAGAUUACCCAUCUGCACUACCCUUCCUGGCCCGAUUUUGGUGCGCCUGCUCAGCCGAGCCACCUCCUGGCGCUUGUCGACCUCGCAAACGUGAUGCAACGGGCGGCACUGCCUGUUGAUGUGACCACCACACUAGCCACGGCCAAGAGCCCUCGACAAUCUGAAUCGUCGACACAAGGGAAACCCGCACGCAGUCCAAAGAAACGAACACGUGCUCAAAGUGGGAUGCCUCUCGCCUGGUGGGAAGAGCCCGAGGCGGACCAAAACGCGCGUCCGAUGCUUGUACACUGCUCGGCGGGCUGUGGACGCACUGGUACCUUCUGUACUGUCGACAGCGUGAUCGACAUGCUCAAGCGUCAAAGGAUGCGCAACAUCAAGAGGGCUAACGCCAAUAUCGAGAAGAAGGUUCGCGCGCACAAGCUGCAACCUCCCCCGCAGGUUCCGCAAGACCAAGAGGGAGAUGUUGCCAUGGCUGGUCUCUCUUUCAACUCGCUCCAAACCGCAUUCAGCGACCGAACCGAACGGCGGGACCCUUUCGACGACGCCAUCAGCCCUGGCACCGCUGCACCGCCGAAGUCGCCUGCGUUCCCUGAUGUAACCAUGGCCUCGCCCUCUCCCGCUCGGUCCAACUCUCCGUCCGACAGCGAAGACGACUAUGGCAAUAUCGACAGGUCUUGGAUUGAUGAUGACACUAUGGAUCUUAUUGCGGCCACUGUCACUGACUUCCGGGGCCAGCGCCUGUCGAUGGUGCAAACGCUGCGCCAGUUUGUCCUCUGUUACGAGACGGUUGUCGAAUGGGUUUGGAGACUUCAAGAGCGCGGUGGCCCUGCUGGGUCCGUCGUCGGCGCACCCGGGACGGGGGCCGGUGGGACGGCCGCGAUGCGGGCUAGGGGCCGCAGCGGCACCGUGGCCCAUGUGGGACAUUCGAAAUAG